AUGCUCAGCCCCAAUUUGGAUGAUGGUGAGUGUUUGAAAUCGGUAGAUUUUUGGGAAUUUGAAAAUUUGUUAGCUUUUGGAUUAUUCCUUCCUUUUUUUAUGAGAAUUUUUUUCUAUUAAAACGAGGUUAUUUUUUUCAAAUUUAUCAGUUUUUCAUAUUUUCUGAAUAUUAAAUAAUGCAUAAAUACAGUUUUUUUGGUCAGUAAUGAAAUUUCUCGCCUUUUCUUCGACACCGAUCUAAAAGAAAAAAAUUUCGAAAGUUGUAUGAAAGUUUUUUUUUUUUCCUCAUUUCAUGUUGCUUUAUUUUAAUAGUUAUAAUUCAAGUUAACUAUAAUUUUUCUAAAUCGAUAAUGUGUCAUUUUUUGACACCUGUGAGGGGACAAAUAUUGGGUUGGCCAAGUUUAUUUGCUUGAUCAAUCAGAAGAUUCUUUGAGAUAUUCAGCCGUUACUGAAAUCAUCCAGUCUUCGCUGCUUCGCAAGCGUAUGGUCCAAAGUGGGCUUCUGCGCACUUCAACCAUGGAUAGACGUCUAAUUUGGUGAGGAGUCGUUGUUUUUUGACUUUAGUGUUUUAGCGAGUAUACCUUAUGGAAAGAAGAAUGAGAUUGAUGUCCUGAAAAUUUUCAACGGCGCAAAAAAAGUUUUGCAGAAAAUUGGUAUGAAGACUAAAAGAAAGCCAUUAAAUAGCAGAUUUCGGUCUUCAUUUUUUGCAUAUUUCCCAAACUUUCCUUAUCGACUCAAAUCCAAUUUAUCAGAUCUACACUCGAUUAGCCAAAAAUAGGCAGAAUUCAGAAAUUGAAAAUCUUUGAUAAUUUUUUUUCAUUAUGGUAUAAAUGAAGCCUCUUUGACAUCAAAUUCCAUUGCAACGAUCUGCAAUAAAAUUAUUGAAAAAACAAGAAUUUAAGAAGAUUUGUUCCUAUUUUUUGCAGUAACGACUACUCGCUAAUGUCGUCGUCAGUGUCGUUGAACCACGUCCUGAAGGAGCAGCACGGAAGUCACUUCUUACGACGGAAGUACGGGCCGACGGGUAACCGUCUGCACUCGAGUGCCAUCGUUUUCCGCGGGGUGCGAGUUGUUUGA